CGUGCCCAGCGCGUCCGAAGCGAGGGCCGCCGCGGCGAGCGGUCCCGACCGCGAGGGCGCCGCUGCCGCAGGGUGGGCCGAGCGUGCAGCGGAGUCGCUCGGACUGGUCCUCGCGGGGUCGUCGGUCGACUAUGCUCCCGGCUACGCCCCCCCGGCCAAGCUCGCGUGCCGCUUGAUCAUGGUCCCUCACGGCCAGACGCCCUCCAACGUCGGGCUCCUCUUCCAGAGCCACGCCGACGGCGGUCCGGACCAGACGCUCACCGAGUCUGGCGUGGAGAUGGCCCGUCGCGGCGCCGCCGCCUUCGCGGAGGACUUCGGGCCCGAGCUGCGCGCGGGCCCGGACCGGUGGGCCUUCUACCGCUCGCCGCUCAGCCGCACGGCGCAGACGGCGGCGCAGUACGAGGCUACACUCGCAGAGGCGGGCAUCCCCGUCGCCAGCCCAGGCGUCGACGCGCGGCUCAUCGAGAUUGACGCAGGUUCCUGGCACGGCUUCACUGUGGACGGCCUGGCCGCAGCCGGCCGCGCCGAGGACGCGGAGGCGGCGGCUGCGUACCGCGGUGGCUCGUUCCUGGCCCGCCCGCUGGACGGAUCGGGGGAGAGCCUCCUGGAGCUCAUCGCUCGAGCCGCGGAGUGGCUGAGAGAGCUGCAGGGCCGCCACGCGGCCGGGGACACCGUCGUGGUGUUCGGCCACGGGACUUUCCAGAACGCGGUCGAGGUGCUGCUGCGCUGCUACCCAUCGAAGAAGAACAAAAACGUCGCCCGCGCAGGUCUUCUCGCGCGUGUCUGGGGGCAGCCACCUGCGGCGCGGGGAGGCUCACCUGCUGGUUGCCGGUCAGUGAUUCCGUUCGGCCAGCGCUCCGCGCAGGCUCCCGCACCAGAGAUCAUCUGGCUUGACCCGUGGCAUGUCGGGCAGGCAGCAUCGUACAAGUGA